GAGCUAGUCAGUCGGGGGGUCAGGGGGUGGAGUGCCGGGGCUGCGUUCACUGCUACUGUUGUUGCUGCCGCUUCGUCCGCCGGCAUGAUCGGCCAGAAGACCCUCCACUCCUUCUUCUCCCCGAGCGCCCCCAAGAAGCGGCGCUCGUGCACCGAGACACCAGCGGACCCCGGCACGGAGGCGGUGGUGCAGAGCGAGGAUGCCUCGGUCAGCCCGGUCAGGAAGAGGCGGCCCGAAGAUGAGCCCCGCGCCCCCUCGUCUCCCCUGAGCCCCGAGCAGUUGGACCGGAUCCAGAGGAACAAGGCAGCGGCCCUGCUCAGGCUCGCCUCCCGCAACGUCCCCGCGGGCUUCGGGGAGAGCUGGAAGCGGCAGCUUAGCGCAGAAUUCGGCAAACCAUAUUUCAUCCAGCUAAUGGGAUUUGUUGCGGAAGAACGAAAACGCCAUACUGUCUACCCACCACCAGACCAAGUCUUCACCUGGACACAGCUGUGUGAAAUCAGAGACGUCAAAGUUGUCAUCUUGGGGCAGGACCCAUAUCACGGACCCAAUCAAGCUCACGGACUCUGCUUCAGCGUCCAGAGGCCUGUCCCACCCCCUCCCAGCUUGGAAAAUAUUUAUAAAGAGCUGUCCACAGACAUAGAGGGCUUUGCCCCACCGGGUCACGGAGAUCUGUCUGGAUGGGCCAGACAGGGUGUUCUCCUCCUCAAUGCCGUGCUCACCGUCCGAGCCCACCAGGCCAACUCCCAUAAGGAGAGAGGCUGGGAGCAGUUCACUGAUGCCGUGGUGUCUUGGCUGAAUGAGAACCUGGAUGGCCUCGUCUUCAUGCUCUGGGGGUCUUAUGCUCAGAAGAAAGGCCUCUCUAUCAACAGGAAGCGCCACCACGUCCUGCAGACUGCCCACCCCUCUCCGCUCUCGGUCCACAGAGGCUUCCUCGGAUGCAGGCAUUUCUCCAAGACCAACGAGUUGCUAAAGAAGUCUGGCAAGAAACCUAUUGAUUGGAAAGCGCUUUGAAGCUGUUGGAGCUGAGCAGGACCCGAGGAUUCUGUUCAUCUUGGCUAGGACAAGCUCUUUGUUGGGGACCAGGGGUGGGGGGUUUGUAAUCAGAAGUCAAAGUCUGAGGAGGCAGGUGCCUAGGCGAAAUGAGGGUUAACGAAAAAUUAAUGCACCUUUUUUUCUGCUUGGCCAGAAAGUUGAUUUGCAUUUGGUAUCUCGCCCUGUGCAGGUAGUGUGCUUGGUUAGCUUUGGGUCAUCAGAGUAUGGCUUGUCAUUUUAUUAAGAUGCUUUUAAUUCAUUGUGACUAGAAAGGAAAACAUUAUUUUGCAACACCAAAACUUUUCUUUUAAGCCCCGGAGGAGUCUGCAAAAGGGAAAUUGCAUCUGGAUGCUGAAGGGAUUAGGAGAGAGAACUGGACUCCUAAUUCCAGGGGGUUUUUUAGCUCCCUGGUGGGUAGGGAAUUGGAAGGUAAAGAGGGAGGAGUCCCCUGCUCAUCGAAAGGUGGGCAGUAUGCUGUUACCUUUGCAGGGAUCAUUCACAGAGUUCUGUGGUGGGAGAAGAUAAGGGGUUCCCGUUUGGGGGUGUUUUUUUGUUCUUUUAACCGAGAUUCAGAAUUUGAGAUGUUUGCUGUUGAUCAUUUCAAAAUGUCUGCCACAGGUCUGUAAAGGAGAAAAAUUAUUUUCUUCGUUCCCCCCCCCCCCCAGUUCUGUUUCCCAUUGAGAUGACAGAAUCCAUCAGUGGCCAAGUUCUUGGGGAGCCCUAGAAUGCAAACUGAUCUUUCUCUUUAAAAGUAACCAACAUUAUCGUGCCUUAGCAUUCUGGGAGCCAAGCCUUGGCUGGAAAUUUCACUGUGAUCUAAUGCUUGUCUGUCAUUUUCAGGGUUAGAGGUUAGGAAUUUGAGGAUCUGGAAGAGGGUGGUAGAUUUUUUUCUUUCAUGGAAAAAAUUCCUUUAUUAUAAGCUUGUCUCAUAGUUGGGACUUUGCAAAGCAAUGCUGAUUAUAUGAAACAAGGUUUAAUUUUUAUGGAUUGUAAAGUCAGUUUUACGUUUUUUGUAACAUGAAAGGUUUUGCUGUACUUUGUUUUUAUCACACAAGCAGACUUUUUUUUUUUUUAGUUUAUUUUUGUUGGGUGUGUGUGUAUUUGUAUAAAUCAUCUAUAUUAAUGGGAUAUCUUGUUAAGGCCAGCCCUGGCUUAGGCUGCUGCUGUUGUCUGAUUUUGAUAAUAAAAGAUGAUUUAAUUCCU